AAGAGAAAUCGAACGUCAACUUUGUUUAUUUAUUAUUUUUCUAGCAAGACGCAUUUUACCAGUUGCUUUUAGAAUACGAGUGAGAACAAAAUAGCAAAGAACCCUAAAUGUUAUUCCAAUGCAACUGAGGCGCUGCAUAUGGACUGUACUUAUGGUGGUGAUUUUGCACAUUACAAGUACAACUCCAAUACCGUUUCGUAGUGACGAUUAUUUUUAUUUGGACCCCGAUACGGAGGAUGAUAUGGAUUAUAUGCAGAGUGCGGACUUCGCGGAUGCAGACUAUCGCCCAAACGAAUCUGAAUCUGACUAUGUUAUGUAUCCGCGUUCAGCCGAAACAACAACAGAAUGUGAGACCGAACCGUCAAAAAAUACCGAAGGGCACACACACAGCCCACAUGGUCCCGUGCCAACUACAUGCAUAGCUAUUAUACCGGGUGCAACUACAAAGCCUCCAGGGCAUAUUAGUGAAAAGCCGUCUGCUCAGCAAGGGAAGCCAGAUCAACCAACAUCCACGAUACAACCAGCACAACCACAUCAGCCAACGCAACCGCCCCAUAAUCAGCUUCCUUCACCUACACCAGCUCCUUUGGUACCACCUACAACGUCUAAACAGGCAUCGAAUAAAACGUCUUCGAUGGAAGCCGAAACGACUACAUGUUUACCAGAAGAAGAGCCGACACAAAAGUCAACACCACCGCAUUCAGUGGAAGCGACCACUUGUAUGACGGUGAAGGGUGGAGCGGGCGGAGCAAAUGCCUCCCUUGAGGACAUGAUAAUGCCAACAAAUUCCUUAAAUCCGGCAACCUCGCUCACAGAUCAGGAGGGCAAAACGCGCGCACUACACUCACUUGUACAGCAUUUGUAUGUAGCGCAGGCGCGAGUCCAGCUUGAGGCAAUUGAAAUUAAGAAAGCUCAAGCGGUGGCGAAUUCGGCACAACAACAGCUCGAGGAGGCGGCAAAUCAUGUGCGUAGUGUGACGGCGGCACUGCAAAAUGCUCAGCAAGAGGUGGCUUCGGCGGCGAUACGGGCGCAAACGGCCCAACUGCAACUGGCGGCACACGAUCAGUUGUUAUUUGCGGCACGACAAGACGUCGAUGCUCUCUCGUCACAAAUGGUCGGGUUACAGGCAGCCGAAGGCAUAUCAGUGCCGACGGUGAAGUUCGAUAUAGGUAGUCUGUUGGACAAGCUGAAGCAGCCACUAACAGCUGCAGAGCGGCCGACUGCCGUGCCGCCAGUGUUAGCUAUGCAAGAGCUGCCUCCGGCCGAUCCUGCGCCAUUGUAUGUUGACUAUGAUUACGAUUAAGUUUGAAAUAUGCACUUUAGUCCCACUAGCAAUAUACACAUUUUUUUUAUUAGACAUAUAUUUUUGUAAAUUGUAUUUCUGAAACGAUUGGUAUUGUUAUGUGCGCUUAACUUCAUAAAGGAAGAGUGUUCCUUGUAUUUUUGAUUAUUUUAUUUUCAUGUGAACCAUUCU